UUUACCGCAAAAAAAGACACAACUUUCCCUGGCGUAUUUAAGCUCGUCUGCACCUGAUCCAAGACAUCAGUUUUCUUACUCAUCAACCAAAGUCAACAUGAAGCUUUUUGUUAUCGCCGCUGUCUUGGCCGUCGCUGCUGCCACCAGCUACCCUUCCAACUAUGCUCCUUCCAGCUACAAGGAUAACAAGUACGCCGGAAUCACCAUCGUGAGCCAAUCCGAUGAGCGCAACCUUGACGGCAGCAGCAAGUGGAGCUACGCCGGAUCCGACUACACCACCCGUGAAGAGUCCCAGGUCCAGAAGAAGAUGCAAGGAGCCUCUUACGAUUCUUACGGAAAGGCCACCUACGAGGAUGCUAUGGGCAACACCAACAAGGGAUCUUCCUACUGGGUUUCCCCGGAAGGCGAGAAAUUCACUUUGACCUGGUCCGCCGAUGAGGCCGGUUUCCAGCCCAAAGGCGACCACUUGCCAGUUGCUCCCGUCCAUGAGUACGAGCUCCCAGUUGCCCCCGUCCAUGAAUACGAACUCCCCGUCGCCCCAGCUCUUCCCUACACCCGCACUGGAGCUGGCUAUUAAGUUAUCGAACCUGUCGCUGGAGAUCUCGUGUUAAUUAUUCAAACAAUGCGAACCUAUUAA